AUGUCAGCGCAUAAUCCAUCCAGAAAAUCCCCGUUGCUAGGACGGAUAUGGGAGCAUUUUGGAGGGCUCACAGGAUUGGCCUCCACAAAUGGCAAGAAGGAUGUGGCAGGUGGUGAAGGCCCCCGUGCUACAAAACGACGUCGCAUGAAUGAAGACUCGCUCGACGCAGAGAUGGUCGCUGCAGUGGGGCCACUGGCCAAGAAUCCCAGCGAGCAUCAUCCCCGAGCCUUGCGUGUGGAAGUUCUCAGGAUCGGCCGCGGCUACCUCCCAGACCCAAAUGCAAAUGGGCUCCUGCAAGGCAAUGGGUCACCUCUUAAGAAGAAUUUGCCCAUUGCUGUGGUCCGGACCCGAUGCAGGUUGGCGAUAUUGGAAUACAAGCACCGGGUGGAGACUCGACCAAUGUACUGCGAAAGUCAGCCAUGUGAGCUGAAGAUAUUUCGCGAUCCAGAUGGCAUCUGUCGGUUAGCACGGGUUCAUUUGCAACAACCUUUCCAAAUAGACGCCGAGCACCUAUACGUGGAGCGAGACGACCAGCCAGGACGUAGGCCUGCAGAUACUUACUUGAUCACGGUCGAGUUUGAGUCUGCUGGUGAUGGCAAGUGGCCUCCAGUCGACUUAUUAUCCAGCCAAGCGCAUAAUAUUGCAAGCUCUGCAACACCUCGGCAGUGGGUCAUAUCGUCCAGAUUUCUAUACUCGUGCGCGAAUGGGCGAAAAGGGCGAGAAACAACUCCGCUGCACCUCAAGAAGCAUCCAGGAAUGGAGAUCGACACAGAUUUGGUUGUAGAAACUGACUUGCGAUGGUCGGUUGGAGCUCACCAGGAGAAAGCCUCCCCGAAAGAGCACACCGCGCGAAAAUCAGACGAGAAGCCGCUGAACGGCGUCUUAUCACCGCUAUCAAACGGUCAUGUCAACGGCCGUGCUGAGAAUUUGGUCAACGGCCAUAUCCAUGAGGAUAGCGAGAAUGAUGACGUCGGCGAUGAAGAAGAAGAAGAAGGCGGAGAAGAAGAAGCUGUUACGCCAAGCCGAUCUCUCAGAAUGAGAGAUAAACCACAAAAUUAUAACCUUAAGCUCUUAAGUGAUAAGGCUCGCGGCAAAGAAUUGAAAGAACGUAAGAAACGAAAAGACGCAAAGAAUGGGGGCGGCGUAGACGUUACAUACCUUUUACCGAAUGCACACCGCUUACAGGUCAAGGACUGGCUUUGUGUUAGGUGCUUUGCUGCACACAACACCGUUGGUCAGCUGAGGGCCCAUUUGGACCAACAUGCUGAAUGGAAAUUCACCACUGAUUUGACGGCAAAUGGCGUGUGCCGCAUCACAGUAUCGACACCUGGCCAAGGAGAGCCGCGGGCUGACCAUACUGCGAGUUUUGUGGACUUCAGUCCGAACGACGAUGGCAACGACUCAGGGAAAGAACGAUUGUCAGGCGUGCCUAAACGGGAACCCGAUUCAGACCGAGCAAUUGGGAAGGGCAUAUUCUCGCGGUACCAGAGACCUAUCAAACAGAAAAUACCCAACAAUAAUCAGCCAAUGUACGACCGCUUGAGCAAAGCUGUUCUGAAACCUCUCUCUGAGGUAGACGAACCAAUCAUCGAUAAUUCCUGGCAACUACAAAAACACCGCGACGUCAUAAGAGACUAUACGGAUGUACAUGCUGACGAAAAAGAAUACAUCUCUGUGUGGGAUGCCUUCGCCCAAACGCAGAGAGUAAGCAAUGCCCCGUUCUUCCAAGGUGUCUAUCUGGAAUUUCUUGAGGAGAAAGCCGCGUGGCUCGUUGCUUCACAAAACCGCAUGAAUGAAGCUUUCAAGCACAUGUUCUAUCUUAAUGCAAGAGAUGCACUAGAUAAAGGCACAGUGCGCAAAGGCGUGAGCAUUCUCAGAACCGCCCGGGCUCAAUAUAGUCAUGCUCCAUCUCGGACAGGACAAGACUCCCCAAAGUCAGAAAGGGGUACUAACAAGUUCGGUUGCGCUGUGUGCGGCCAGCUUCAAGGGCCGGACCAACUUACAUGCGCAAACUUGAGUUGUGAUACCCCAUAUUAUCACAAGGCUUGUGUAGAAAACGAUGCGAAGAUGGCAGUCGACCGCCGCGGCUGGCGGUGUAACGACUGCUAUGGUGAUGCACAGCCAUGA